UUUUAAAGUUCGCCAGAAGCGUAAGUUUUGGGUCAAGUGGUGGGACAACUUCAUUAGAGGGGCUGUGCCUGCAGAUGAAUGGAAGCUAAACUUUCGUAUGUCAAAGCCAUCGGUGGUUUCCUUGGCCGAGCUCCUACGCUCUCACAUUGAAGGGUGUGGACGCAGAUAUUUUUUUGAACUAACACGUGUGGACAGGUACAUUUAUUUAGACGGGAGUACAAAAAUAUCCAGAUAAAUAAAUAUCCGCCUUCGUGUAGUUCGGGCCUGAGUUACCCCGAGUUUAUUAAAAUGAGUUCUGAUGAAACAUGGCGGCUGGGUGAGGCGCUGAGUCUGGUCAAAGUUUGGAAGAGGACGUAAAAGAAGACACGGGAGAAACGCCCCGAGAACGAGGAACUGAGAACGAGAAAAACUGAAGAAAUCAUCAAAUCAUCAAAAUAAAGUCUUCUUAUUCUGAUGAUUCUGAAACUGUUGAGCAGUUCAUUGGACCUGUUCCCGUCCGAUCAACCAAUCAGAACACUGUGUGGCGGCCUCACACACUCAGGAGAAAACGGUCUGAAUUCACCUUAAACGAAGGACAGACCUGAACACUGACUUUAAAAGAACUCAGUGUGAUCUCGGUCUAAUGAUGAUGAGAGAGAGAAGAGUCGCUGCAGCCGUCCCCAGUCUCCCCUAAUAUACAACUGUAACAUUAAAAAAGAGGAAACGUUCACGCUGAUGAAGUAGACAGAGAAUAAGAGCAUCCCAGUGAAGAACAGAAGAAGACAAGAUCCACACAAACCAGUCCAGAAGAGUCCAGAAGAGUCCAGAAGAGUCCAGGAGAGUCUGGACCUGCAGAAAAGAAAAGGCUCUGGGACUCUGAGUCCGAGGAAACGAGGAUCUUUGAGUUCCUGUCAGGAUGUCUGAUGGAUCUUUAUCUCUUUAAUUCUCUGUUUACGUCCACCGUCACACUCAUCAGAACUUUUACAGGUUUUCUUACCGUCUCUAAAACGCUGCUCCUCGUCUUCUCCUCGUCCAGCUCCUCUGAGUCUCCUCUGUGUUCCUCCUCCUCCUCCUCACCUUCUUCUUCUCCUCACUCAGUUCUUUCCUCUCCUCUUCUCUUGUCUCCUUUCCUCCACAGUAGCUCCACCAACAGACUGAACACCGGCCUCACCCCUCCUCCUCCUUUUCCUCCCCUCCUCCCCCCGGACCUCCCCAGCCCUCCUCUCCUCCAGGACAGGAAGUGUGUUGUGUCUUGAUAUGGCGAGCUCGUUUCCUCCAGAGAAACUCGGUCACUCACUUAGAGAGGAACGAAAACUGGAGUCCAGAUUGUAAAACCGCUUUCAUGUUGGCACCAAACCUCAGCCAGAAUUUACAUGAUUUUUCUCUGUCAGAUGAAACUGGAUGGAUCCUGUUUGAACGCAAGAUACAGGUAUUAUGAGGUUUCAGUGAGGUUUCACCUGAACAGGUGUGUUCAAGAUAUAAAGGAUGACUGAGGCGGAUCCCCAGGAACUCUGUCCACUUCUGUACAAUCCUGUUUACACCGGCUGAGUCAGAAAUGAUGAAUUUUUAAAUGAGGUUUGGUUCAGACGCGUUCACAGAGACCACAGCUCUACAUUCCAGGUGAAAAGGUUCAUUCCUAUUCCUGCAGUUCAUUCUAACACAGGUCCUUGAGAGAGUUCCAGGAGUCAUUGAAAAAUGCUCUGGUCCUUGAGGAUGUUCCAGGAGUCAAAAAGAUUCCACAGGUCCUUGAGGAUGUUCUAGGAGUCAUUGAAAAGAUUCCACUGGUCCUUGAGGAUGUUCCAGGGAUCAUUGAAAAGAUUCCAUAGGUCCUUGAGGAUGUUCCAGGAUCAUUGAAAAGAUUCCACAGGUCCUUGAGGAUGUUCCAGGGUCAUUGAAAAGAUUCCACUGGUCCUUGAGGAUGUUCCAGGGUCAUUGAAGCUUCAAGGAUGGUUGUAACAGGUGGUUUGGGAAGGUUUUGACAGUUUCUGGAUGGUCCUUGAAAUCACAGAUGGUGCUUGAAAAUUGCCCAGGAGUCAACAGGAUGUUGUUUACUUCUUUUGACUUUCAAAAUAAAGUUUCACCUUUUAAUGCCAUCAGAAUAAUUUCAGGAUUUUAAUUUGUUGUGAAAGUCUUUGAUGUGACAGGAAGUGAGUUUUAUGGGCUGCUACUGAACACACACACACACACACACACACACACACACACACACACUGCAGUAUUGUAUUUAAACAAACGAUGGAAACACACACGCUGGAUGAUGAUUGUUGUCACGGCGACCCAGAUGCUUCCUGCUUCCUGGAGGAAGUGAGUGAAGAAUGGUAGGAAGUGGAAGGUCAUGAACUAACCUCUGUUGUCAUGGUGACGCAGCACUGGCAGUCAGACCGUGUGUGUGUGUGUGUGUGUGAGAGAUUGAAUCAGAUUAAAUCUCAGAGGUUGAUUGUAUCUCCUGCUCCUUAUUGGUUGGAUAAAAAGCCGCUAUGACAUCACUGUCCUGCAGAAAUGAACAGUGAGAGAGACAGGAAGUCAUCAAUGAGACCAGUUACACC